CAGCCGGUCGCGGUGGCUUUGCCGCCGCUGGGCUGGUCCUUCCCCCUUCGGCGAGUCCCGGCGUCUCCUCAGAGCUGGGAGAGGGGGCUGUCCUGGGCGGUGAGCUCUCCGUGGUCCUCGGGCGCGGGCCGCCAUGAGCAAACGGAAGGCGCCGCAGGAGACUCUCAACGGGGGCAUCACCGACAUGCUCACAGAACUCGCAAACUUUGAGAAGAACGUGAACCAGGCUAUCCACAAAUACAAUGCCUACAGAAAAGCAGCAUCUGUGAUAGCAAAGUACCCACACAAAAUAAAGAGUGGAGCGGAAGCUAAGAAACUGCCUGGAGUAGGAACAAAAAUUGCUGAAAAAAUUGAUGAGUUUUUAGCUACUGGAAAAUUGCGUAAACUGGAAAAGAUUCGGCAGGAUGAUACGAGUUCAUCCAUCAAUUUCCUGACUCGAGUUAGUGGCAUUGGUCCAUCUGCUGCAAGGAAGUUUGUAGAUGAAGGAAUUAAGACAUUAGAAGAUCUCAGAAAAAAUGAAGAUAAAUUGAACCAUCAUCAACGAAUUGGGCUAAAAUAUUUUGAGGACUUUGAGAAAAGAAUUCCUCGUGAAGAAAUGUUACAAAUGCAAGAUAUUGUACUAAGUGAAGUUAAAAAAGUGGAUUCUGAAUACAUUGCUACAGUCUGUGGCAGUUUCAGAAGAGGUGCAGAGUCCAGUGGUGACAUGGAUGUCCUUCUCACCCAUCCAAGCUUUACCUCUGAGUCAGCCAAACAGCCCAAACUGUUACAUCGUGUUGUGGAGCAGUUACAAAAGAUCCAUUUUAUUACAGACACUCUGUCAAAGGGUGAAACAAAGUUCAUGGGUGUUUGCCAGCUUCCCAGUAAAAACGAUGAAAAGGAAUAUCCACACAGGAGAAUUGAUAUCAGGUUGAUACCCAAGGAUCAGUAUUACUGCGGUGUUCUCUAUUUCACUGGGAGUGAUAUUUUCAAUAAGAAUAUGAGAGCUCAUGCCCUAGAAAAAGGCUUCACAAUCAAUGAAUACACAAUCCGUCCCUUGGGCGUCACUGGCGUUGCCGGGGAGCCCCUGCCCGUGGACAGUGAGAAGGACAUCUUCGACUACAUCCAGUGGAAAUACCGGGAGCCCAAGGACCGAAGCGAGUGAGGCCCAUCCUCCCCGGCACAGCCCAAUCAGAGUCUUAAUUUAUUUCUUAAGCUUUGCUAUGUAAGGGUCUGUGGUGUUUUUAAGUAACUAUUUCUUCUUCAUGCCGUAGCCUGCACUAUAGUCAAUAAAACCUCUUGUAUGAUUAUCA